UCAACCUCAUGAUUGGAUAAUUAGAAAUGCCAAUCAGACACGGAACGCCUCCACAACCACCCUCCAAAAAAAACGCAACCUCUCAUUAUUUGAUUGGUUUGCUGAAUUGACGUAACAGUACAACCUCUCGCAUCUAUUGGCUUAUAGCGACGUCAAUCAUACUAACAUUCUGCUGAUCCCCGAUUGAAAUGCUGGGAUUUCACCCCCUCCCUCCUUAGUCGUGGCUGACGCAAUGGUCACGUGUUGUUUUCGCUGUGGUCCGUGGAGCUGUGUACUGUGUGAGAGAGAUUGAUUAUAGAAACGAGUGAAUGCGGUUAUGUAGCAAUUGGCUGAAUUUCUGUGCCUGCUGUCUGUGGUGGAUAUAUAUCGAGCAAGGAACGAGCGGAGAGCAUCAUUUUUUUGGAAAAACGAAAUUGAGCCGGACUCAGAAUUUGGCACCCGAGAUGGGGUCUGUAUCAGUAAAGCUAAGGUAAAGUGACCUUUAUUCGUAUUCUCUCAUGGCAAAUUUGGUAGAUUGUCGAGAAAACAACGCCGCUAUGUUGCUGUUGGAAACACAACAGCGCGCAAUUGGGUCGAAAACAACAGUCACAACAAACGGCGACACCUCUGUCGGGGAAAUCCCUUCAUCUUUAAUUAAUAUUGGCAACGUGCAAUACCAGCAGCACCUGCCGCUCUCGUUUCACCACAGCUCACAGCAGGCGCAGCAACAGUAUUCGGAGGAAAACCUCCAGGACGAACUGCUGAGAAAACCUUCCCUGUCCCUCGUACAGGAAGAAGUCGCUGUCGGCACUACAGCUGCCCCUGUGGCAGCUGCUGCUGGUGCCGCCGCCAGGAGCGACGGGCUGGACGACGUGAGGAAAUGCGGCUACUUGAGAAAGCAAAAGCACGGUCACAAGCGGUUCUUCGUGCUGAGAGGCCAGAGCCACCUGGGCCCCAGCAGGCUGGAAUACUAUGACAGCGAAAAGAAAUUCCGCAACAGCACAAGAUCCACCGCCACCGCCUGCCCCCCGAAACGAGUGAUCCCGCUAUACCAGUGCUUCACUGUAAACAAGAGGGCUGAUGCCAAGAGCAAGCACCUCAUUGCCCUGUACACGAAAGACGAGUAUUUCGCAAUGGUGGCUGAGAAUGAGCAGGAUCAGGAGGACUGGUACGCCGCUAUAAGCGACUUGAUGAAUGAGGGAAAGAGAGGGCACCUGGACUCGGAGGAGUUGGACGACGGGUAUGGCACCGUCACUCCUGGCACUGUUUUCAAAGAAGUGUGGCAGGUGAAUGUGAAACCCAAGGGGCUGGGGCAGACCAAGAACUUAACCGGCGUGUACCGCCUGUGCCUCUCCAGCAAGAGCAUUCACCUCGUGAAGCUGAACUCGGAGACGCCCUGCGUGAACCUGCAGCUCAUGAACAUCCGGCGCUGCGGCCACUCGGAGAGCUUCUUCUUCAUCGAAGUGGGGCGCUCUUCCUCCAUUGGCCCCGGGGAGAUCUGGAUGCAGGUGGACGACUCGGUGGUGGCCCAGAACAUGCACGAGACCAUCUUGGAGACCAUGAAGGCCCUCAAGGCCUUUGCCGAGUUCCGGCCCCGGAGCAAGAGCCAGUCCUCCAGCUCCAAUCCGCUGGCCUUCAUCACCACCCGCAGACACCUGGGGAACCUGCCCCCCAGCCAGACGGGGCUGCAGCGCCGCUCGCGGACGGAGACCAUCGUGGGCACCCCCCCUGCCAGCAAGAGUGGGGGCUACCGUUUCCGGACCUCCAGUGAGGGGGAGGGCACCAUGAGCAGGCCCUUCCGCUCCGUCACGGGCAGCCUCAUUCACCUCAACGCGGCCCGCAUGAACCUCGGCAGGCAGGAGGGUGGCGGGGGCCGCUACGUGCGGGCCGCAGCGGGGGCUCCCUGCCACAUGCGCUCGGCCUCCUUGCCCGUCUCCCACUUCCCUUCCACCACCAGCCCCGUCAGCGUGUCCUCCAGCAGCGGGCACGGUUCGGCCUCCGACACGCUGACCCGGCCCUCGAGCGCCUCCAUCUGCGGCUCGCCUAGCGAUGGGGGGUUCAACUCCUCCGACGAGUAUGGCUCCAGCCCCGGGGACUUCCGCUACUUCCGGGUGAGGAGCAACACCCCCGAUUCUCUGGGCAACACGCCGCCCAUCCGGGAGGAGAACAGCCUCAAUGACUACAUGGCAAUGGACCGACACCGAGAGGGCCUGGGCUGUUCUGAGGGCCCCAGGGAGGACUGCGUAGAGGUGGACAAGGGCUUCCGGAAGCAGGCUCACUCCCUCUCCAGGCCGGGCAGCAGCAGUGGCGUUGCAGUGUAUCAGAAAAUGACCCAGACUACCUCGUCGUUGGAUGAGCCCUGUGCGGAGGCCAGCCUGGUGGGAAGCAGUGGCCACCGGGCCUGCUCCGUUUCCCCCAAGUCAGGCUUCUGCCCUUACCCAGAGGACUACUACCAGGCCAAGCCCCCUGCAUACCAACAUCAGGGUAACCCCAAGGAUGAUGGCUACAUGCCCAUGAUGCCUGGUGUGGUGCCAAAACGGAGUGCAGACUAUGUGCCCAUGCAGCCCAAGACCUCUUCAGCUCCCCAACAGAUUGUCAGCCCCAGAUGCUCCCAGUAUGUGGACUCUGAGGGCUACAUGAUGAUGCUGCCCAGUGGUGGCUACUCACCUGUUCAAACCUGUCCCCAGAGCAGCAAUGGACGCGUUUCCAAUGGCCCAUACAUGGACAUGUCCCAGAACGGUGCGCCUACCCAUCGCAAGCGCUCCAACGACUGCCACUGCGCACAAACGCCACCUGAUCUCCCAAAGUCUUACAGCUCCUACUUCUCCCUGCCAAGAUCUUACAAAGCUCCCUUGCGGGAGAGCCGUGAGAGUGAUGAAUAUGUGCCCAUGUGUUCCCCUGCAAAGCCUGCCUAUGCAGUGAUUGAAUGCAGCCGCCGGGUGGUGCCGAGCGGCCCCUCUCCCACUCCUGGGAUGCAUAAUGGUUGCCAGGCGUCCGUCGGGGGAGAUGGGAGAGCUGUGCGACCCACACGCCUUUCCUUGGAGAGGCACAACUUCCACAGCUCCCUUAUUGUCUGCGAGCCCCCCAGUCCUGGAGAGUACAUCAACAUUGACUACGAGCAGAAGGCCUUGCACACACCCUGCUCCCUGUCUGCUGAGGGCUCCCCAUCAUCCUUGGGCUCCAGUAGCGAGCAGCGCCGCUCCCCACUUCCGGAUUACAUGAGUCUGGACCUUGAUAAUGCCUUUCCCAAAGGGUGCUCCCCACAGCCCAUGCCAGUAGCCCCCAGGAACCCCACUGACUACAGUUUGCCCCAAGCAUCCACUCCCAGCAGUGGGCGGACGGAUGACUACACGGAAAUGACCUUUAACCUGGGUGGGGAGCCCAGCAGCCCUUCGGCCUUGGUGAAGCAGCUUCGGAUUAUUGAGCCCUACCCUGCCCUGCCAGCCUUGAGCCCCCCUGUCGAGCCCAAGGUCAUCCGAGCUGACCCCCAGGGCAGGCGGCGACACAGUUCGGAGACCUUCUCCUCCUCUCCCAGUGCGCCCAGCAGCGCCCCUCAGUCCAGUGCCCUCCUGAUGGAUGGCAGCAAGCGACACAGCUCGGCCUCCUUUGACAGCGUCUGGCUCCGGAUGGAAGGUACGGGCUCCCUGGAGGUUGCGGGGGACGUGGGGUGCAGCUCCAGCAGCAGGAUGUGUCGCAACACCUCUGCCGGCUAUCAGAACGGCCUCAACUACAUCGCCCUGGACCUCCGGGAAGACCCCCAGGGCUGCUGCGACCUGGUGUCCCCUUCUGUCCCUCCUCCACCUCCUCUGGCUGAAAGCGGAGCUUACGCCAGGAUAAAGUUCCCCAAGUCCGAUGGACUGACCGCUGCCUCAAAAGACUGAAGAACAUGCAUCGAGUCAGUUUCCAAACCCGGCUGCUGUGGUCUGACCCUGCGACGGCAGUGAGCUACAAUGCCCCUUUUAAGCAGCCCCACCAUUUCCGGUUUGACCCCAGCUGCAGACCCCUCAAACGCACCCCAAAAGAGAAGGCUUUUUUUUCCCCUUUAUAUCCAGCAGCAGCAGCACCAACAACUGAAUAGCGAUUAUUUAAAACCAAGUACUUUUUCUAAUCUGUGGAGUGGUUGCCGUUUUGAGUGGAGCACCUUGACGUGACCUAAAGAAUGUUUUAUUUUUCCUUGAAGAGCCCAGGGCGGUCAACACUGAGCAGUCUGGCCAGCUGAUCAGCCAGUAGAGUUUACAAGCAUUACAUCUAGCAUGUUAUUAUUUAUUUCUACUUUGGUUUCUUACUCUGAGGAUCGCAGUUUAUCCCACAACAGUUCAGCGAGGUUCAAACCCUACCCACCACCUCGGAAUUGUUGCUCCUAUUUCUGCUCUUGCACUUUGAGGCUCAGGUGGCAGAAAGCAGCUCUGCUAAAGCAAAGCCUGGUUCAAGUGCAACAUGCUGUGAAUAUCUGAGAAUGACAGUCAGGCUGUAGAACCCCCCCUCCCCGCCUUACCCCAUUUUGAGUCGACCACUUGCCAAGUAUGUGUUUGACAAAUGGGGAUCUAUACUUGGACUUUUAAAAUUCACUCUCAGCCAAAUGAUCUGAUACUCUAUCCAGCCCCCAAUACCUACUGAGCAGCAGUGCCAAAGGCCAGUGGUUUGACCUGCUUCUUCAUGGUGUAAGCCCUGAUGUUUCUCCUUUUACACCUGCGAUACUGGUGAUCUGGUGUCAGAGUGGGGUCGUAUGAUACAAGCAGAUGCUUUUCUGAGUGUUCUCUCUCUUAAGGGUUUCCCGCUGUGCAGCGAAGCAGCCAGAAAGCCUAAAGAAAGCCCUUUUACGGAAGUGACAGAAAUGGGAGGGAAAACCUUGCUCACGGAUUCAGGUGAUUUUCUGCACGGCGGAGGCAGGUGGCAUCCUGGCAGAUGAAUAGUAUUACCAGGAAUAUGCUGGUAUUUCCAUUCACACACGUAUCAGAAACCUCUCAGACUAUAAUUAAUAGCCACUGCAGGUUUGCAGUUGUUACUGGCAACUAAUCUGAGCAGGCCUGGAAAACAAGUCAAACCCCUUAUUGUCACUGCAGGUGUUGCCACACGUAAGUGAGGAUUUUCUUUCCUAUAUAAAAUAUAUUUAAGUUCGUAGUGCAAAUAGAGACCUAUGGGUGAAAACACAUGAUAGUGUGUGGAAAUACCCAAUACUGCUAGAAAGAUUGAAGUACUUUCUUUAAAAAAUGCAAAAUGCCUAAGUGAACCCUGUUUUAAUAGUCUCAUUUGUUUUUGGCACAGUCUGUCUCACCAUCCUCUACAGUAAAAAUAUAUGAAUACUCCUAGUGCUGAUGAGAUUAGCCAGAUGUUUCAUCACCUGGCCAAUGUGAGCUGGUUCCUCUUCCCCCUAUCCUGUCUGAUUCCUGAUUGGAAAUUUCUUUGCAAAGCCCUUUCAUGGCACUCUGUCGUCUUACAGAGAACUGUCUCCCAAAGUGCUGUUUUUUUGCUUGUUGUCUCACCACUGUUGCUGCUCCAGGGAGCAAAGCCUGCAGGACACGUCUCUCGAUCACCUUUGCUGUCUGCUCAUGCUCACCAGACAAUCAGCUGUUGGGUAACGUGGUGAGGCAACGGCUUGUAACAAAAGGAUCUGAUACAGGGUCUGGAGCGGCCAUUCCGAUGGGAUUUCCAUGUUUACCUUCCUUGUGAAUGGAUAGGUCAAGGCACGCUGUAGUCCUGGGCUGUGCUCAGCCAUGGCAGAAUGUCUUCUGUAUAGCGUUUCCCUACCUUGUCCUGGCCCCUCCUGGCAGAGCAGGGUUCUGAUCCAGCUCAAGUGCUCAAUCAGGUGCUGGUUGGACUGGAAUCCUGGCCUAGUCAGGGUUGGGAUGGGGGUGGGGAGGUUUUCCAUUUCAGUCAUCACCUUCAACUAGCAGACAAAAACAGUGCUCUAAAAUCCACAUAAUUUAUUAUGUACUAAUGACCAAAAAGUCUUCUGCUUUUAUCAUUUACGGUAUUGUCCAUGUAGGCAAAAAAAAAGUUUUAAAGUGUUGGGGUACUAUCAUGUCUGUAUGGACAAAAUAACAAAAACUGGAGUUUGCUGUACACUUCAUGUGAGGUUUUGGAGAUAUACAGCAGAACGAACUGGUACGAAACAGUUUACAGGACUGUUUUUUUUGGUACAAAAUGCACUAUUUUUAUUUUGUGGUACAGAACACUAAAAAAAUGGGAGCCUUGUUUGUGAAAUAUUUCCACCCUGUUUGCUAGUGGUUAAGACUCAGCUGUCCAUUCUUGAUCUCUUUGCCAUGGGAUGAAGUCAUGCAUGUGUGAAUUCGUCAGGAAAAGCAUUGGAAACAACAGCAGCACCUCACGUUUUGUUUUUGAUUUCAACUGACAAACCUUAAAUGAAGAAUGCCUUUGUGUACAGUUGUACAGGUUUCUGAGGGCUGGUUUAUACUGCGUUGUCAACUAAAGCACACAGUCGAUUCGUUGAAAGUCUGCACAAGCUCAUACCCCAGGACUUUUCUCCACGCGCCCAGUGCCUGUUGAAGCAAGGAGAUGCCUGCCGUUCAUCAGUAGCACGUUCUCCCAAAGAAGUGGGCAAGAGGCAGCAUUACAGGCUGGGCUGGGACUGGCGGAACAGCAAGAGCUGUAAACUUCCUGCGGACAUUUAAAGGCAUUUUUAUGGAAGCUGUAAAAAUGACAUUGGCAUACCCUUUAAAGCAGUGAGAAAUCAGUAAGGAUGAGAGGUUCCACAAUGCAAUGUUGUUGCAGGAGACUACACGGGAAAACACUAGAAAAAAAUCUGAUUCAAGUUACAGUAACCUCACACAUACCUCAUUAAAGCUUUUUAUAUAGACUGAGAGUUGACAAAAGAGCAUUACCUAGUCUUACUAUUGCAAUGGCUUGUUUUUUAUUUUAUUUUGAUGCAUAAAACCUUUGCACAUACCCUGCGUUCUGUCAGAAUCUGCUCAUUAUUUCUUUUUGCGUGGUACAAAUCUGGCUCUGUAGUCCUGGGUACUUACUGGAGAUUGUGGAGAAAGGAGCUUUGGUACUCAAUGAUUGCAACUUUUUCUGUCCAUUUCAUUUUGCUUAUAUCCUUGGUUCUGUUUAGAAUAGAUGCUUUAGGGAGGCUAAAGCAUAGCACCGGCACUGGCUUUCUUUUUUGAGUGCAGACAAAAAACAGAUAUAUGUACGACAGUAGCUUUUACUGCAGAGGGCAGCUGAGAACAGGAGUGAACAGUACAGUAUGUGCUCUUGGGGAAUUCUCUGCAGUGAUUGACAAGGCCAUGGCCAUCUGCAGUGCCCUACGUCUGACUUGGCAAAUAUAAAUCAACCAGCAUACCCGUAUCCAUACCCUUACUCAACCUGUUGUAAUUGUAAGGUUGCCUGGCUGUAGUUUUCUUGUUUCCCUAUUGAACCAUGUUCAAACAAAACACGAGGCAGGGCAUACAUACUUGCCCUCUUGAUGACAAAGUCCUUCAAUAUUAAUAUAAAGUACACCCCACUUGUAAAAGAAAAUAGUUUAAUAUACAACCUUGCAUCUGAAAUGAUUUUCUAAUUGAAACAAAUUGACCUUCAGAUAAUUUUAAUGUGACUUGAAAAUCUACAGGAAAAAUGUAUGAUGUAACGAUAUAAUUAAGUUGUGUAUUUAUAACACAUCUCUCAUCUUUGUUGUAAGCAGAUAUUUUAGCAUUUAAAAUACCCCCACCCUACCAAAAUGGUUUGUUUAUUCCACAGCCACUUAUCUUGGAUAUUAUUUGUUUAUUUUCUUUUUAACUGUGAACUGUUCAAGUACAGUCACAGAACUAGAUACCUUUGUUUUUGCCGCAGUUGAGAACUCGACCUUUUGGGUCAUGUUGUACAAAUGGCUGCUUUAGGCAUGACCAGGAUGACUUUUUUUGGGCAGAACACGAGACCCCCAUUUUGGAGAGAGACCCUGAAGCUUUAGUCGUUAAAGAGCGGUCCCUAUAAGAUUUUCCCAGAUGGACUGAAGUGAUUAAACCUGUCAGAAAAAAGAGUUCCAUACUGUUCCUUUGAACAUGCUGGCCGUAUCCAUUCAUUAGGAUAGUCCUGUGUUUUUUUUUUUCCUAAUCAUUAAGACAUAUGCAUAUCUUGCAGUAAUCAAGUACAUAGUAUCCCAGGAAGUUUUGUUCAGCAGAUAGAGUGAAGUGGCAAACAGGAUUAGAGGCAAGUACCACAGUGCAGCUCUGUGUUGCACAUGAUAGAAUUGAUAUGCAGUAUAGUGCUGAAAAUGGGCUUUUUUGGUUUCACAGUUAAACAGAUCUUUUAACGGUGUUCAUAGCUCAUACAUUACAGGACUGAUGUCACUUUUCUACCAGACAGCACAGAGAUUUACAUUUGAGCAUCACACAAAAGGAUUUAUGUAAUUGAGUGUACUUAGAGCAACAGCGAUUUUGUACAAUGGCACUGUCGGUCCUAAAAACAAGAGAUCAUUAUUUUUAUCGCAUUGAAGUUUCCCAUAAUUAAAACAUUUAUUUCUCAAAAUGAAUGUAAGUAAUGCAAGACUAAAAAAUGAGUACUAGUAUAUGUCUAAAUAUGAAGCGCUGCCCACUGUUAGAUGGUUUGUAUUCGGCAGGAUUGGAUGUGCGUAGCGUUUUUCUUAAUGGAUGCUUACCUCAAACAUUUGUGAUGGUAAAGUCCAUUUCCACAAGCUCCACAAACACAAUUACAAAAAGACCUGCCUGCAAAUACUGGGAGGGAAAGAGCAUUCUCUUCUGUGAUAACUGCUAUGCAAAACCAACUGGGUUUUCUCCGAACGACAGUGUUACACACAAUUUGUGCUCUUUUUCCAUCAUGUGGUAUAAAGUGCUGUUUGUGCAGUCUAUUCUUCUGCGUGGUUUGCAGUGUGACUUUGUUACCUGCACAAUGCCAAGCUACUUUAGACAGACAGAAUGGGGUAUCUGGGUAGGGCCAGAGCUGAACUCCUUUGCUGUUCACUUUUUAUACAACUGCGGGCAUAAAGAAACAUAAACCCAUCGCAAAUCUUGUAAACUUUAUAUUUUUUACAGAAACCUUCUUUCAGCUCACAAGUUUUGUUUUCAGUGGUACUUGGGUUUCUAUGCACUUUAAUUUAGAAAAAUAUUGCAAAAGUAGAUGGACAUUGGGGGGAAAAAAGUUAGUUGGGCUUUUACUCACAACCUCAGACAUGAGUACUGUUUUGUCAUAUGCAAGUAAAAAGAAAGCUGUUCUCCCUUUCAGUAAGUUGUAAACAUAGGACAGAUUUUGCAAACAAAAUGCAUCUGGAUCUUUUAGUCAGAGAAUAAUAUGCUACCUUUUUAUAUUUUUAGGAUGUUUUGUUACAGAAUGGAUCAAAUUACCAGCCUACGACAGCACUAAAUAUAACACAAAUUAUCCCAACCCAGCUGAAACAAUAACCCUUUCCAGUUUGUGUGUCCUUCCAACAUUCUGAAAAACUGAAAUAAUUGUGAUUUUUUUCUUUACAAAGUUUGAAGUUGAUUGUUUUUUCAGCUUGGUCAAGUUGAUUUAUGUUUCCCACAAAUUACAAUAUACCUCUUCAAUGAAAGUGGAAGAAAAGUGUUGUGGCUCACCAGAAAAAGAAGUGGAAUGAGCUCAGCGGUCACUUCUGUUCAUGUCCCAGAUGAACCCGGGUACGAAGGGCAUCCGUGUAUAAAAAGCUGUUUAUGUUAGGACAUAGAAGAGAGAAACUGUUUAGUUAAAUUAAUGUUUAGCAUAAUAUUUAAUGACCUUUGGCCUUGGUACCUUUUUUCUUGUUUUGAAAUAUUUUUGCAUCAAAUUGUAGUGUCAUGAUUUGUUAAAAUAUCUGCCAUUUUUGAAGUAAAAGCACUGAUUUAGAUGGUAAAUAAAAAUAACCUCAAAAAAAUCUACGAUAAAAUGUACAGGUACAGCAUAAACUUUAUGCAACUGUUUUGAAAUUUGUUUUUAUCUAGUUUACAGUUCUGAAUUAGCUGUUUGGUAUAAUGCCGGAUGGGUUUCUAAAGAGUACGAGAAAGUUAAAAAAAAAAUCUAAAAACAUAUCAUUAAAGGAAAGAAAAAAAAACAUUUUGCAGUUUUGUAAACCUCUGUACACUGUUUUGUAUUUAAAUUUGAUUUGCUGCUGUAAAGUAUAAAUAACUGAUGCUAAUGAUAAGAUAAUGUCUUUGCUACGUUCUGUGUGUUUAAUUUGAUAAAUGGAAGCUGUUAUUUAGGCUGUACAGAAUGGAAGUAUUCACAGUGGAUGUGUGUUCAUGUGUGGAUUAUUUCUGCAGCGAGUGUCUUUGAGGGAAAGGUCACUUUUGAACCGAGUCUCUGGCUGCGUCUUCCACUGUAAAUACUGUUGCGUGGUUUUCCUAUUAAUUGAGCCAUGGUGGCAUUUUGUUGUUUUCUGGGGGGGCAGGGGGAUGAAGAUGAUGACUCUGGAGUGCUGUAUAGUGUGCAUAUUUAUCUGGCUUAUUUUGCUUUCAAUAGAGCUAUUGCAAUAAAACGUGUUCAUGUA